AUUAGGGUGAACGCAGCGAGGGCGUUACAUUCAUUUUAUGGUGGUAGCGUAGUCUAUGGAAACGUCAGUCUAGCUCGGUCUAGCGCUGUAACCUCAUGCAAAAAAACACACCCCGCGGUAGACCGUCCGUUGUUUGGCGGUCGUUCAUGGAUUCUAUUUCCGAAAAGCCAGCGGAAACUUUGGACUGGAAUGUCGAUACGGAAGUGCAGUUAUUUCACGCGAUGAAAGGCCAUAAGCCAGUAGGCGUCAACAGGUACUUCCAAAUGGCUUGCAUCCACGAGAAGUUCAGCGCGUCUCUUAACAAGGAUAUCUCUUCACAAACAAUAUGGGACCACCUCGACACAAUGUACGACAUGGCGGCUUUGCAUGAGUCUGAGAUUCUCCCAUUUCCAAACCCUGAAAAUGAGUUUGGGCUCCCUGACAUUGAUUUUGGAGACCUUCUAUCCAAGCGUAAAGAAAAAGGUUCAAUUGACAAAGAGUCCAGCAAGAGAGCUCCAUCACCUGCUGCCAGAUCCUCCAUGGGUGGUAAAGUGCGCGUAGAUGACUCUUCAGCAUCCAAGAAGCCUGAAGCCACCGGUGGCAAGACGGGCAAAGGUGACUGGAAUGCAGCAAAGUCUUCGCCUGUACCCAGUGCAGGCGGGAAAAUAAGGCGCAGUGAGGCAGAGGCAGCUUCCAGGUCUGGGGCCAAGUCCACAUCAGGGACGACGUCACGAAAGGGUGACAUGGGCACGCCGAAGCAGAGUGCGUCCUCCACCAGCAAGGUUAAGCCAGAGCACGCACAUGGCAAGGUUAAAAAUGACAGCACACCAAGUCACAAGUCUGGCCGGCUAGAGUCACCAGCAUCAAGUAAUACCAAAGCACAGAGAGCUGAUAUCAGCAGUUCAAACAACCAAGGUGUGCCAAGAAUUAAAACCAAACCAGACACAAAGUCAUCAAAGACAUCAGAGACAAAGUCUGACAGUAAGCAUCAAGACGGGCCGCAUGACAAGCACAAACAGUCCUUCACAAAAGGUUCCAAAGGUGAGAGCAAAACGGAUGGCAAGGCAGAUUCCAAGGCUGAAUCCAAGGGAGAAAGCAAAGAUCACCCAAGAGGAGAGCCGAAAGGUGGAGGAGGAGCGAAAGGGGACAGCACCUCAGUCGGAUCAAAACGGAGUGAACCUUCUAAAGCAAAGGAAAUGCCUGGGCGCAAAUCUGAAGGAAGAGGUAAAGCAGAUGACGAUACCACUCCGGUCAAGGGGUCCAGCAGGCAGGCGAAAGAGGAGCCACAAGAGACUGCACCCAAGCGCAAACGCACCGCUCGACUUGAUACUCCCAAGACCAAUAGCCCGCAAGUCACCAAGUCAAGACGAAGGUGAUCCCUCUCAGUACCAAAGAUAAAAAAAUGCUGUUCUUUGUAGCCAUCAUUUGUGCCUUUGAGGCAUCAGCACCAGUGUAGCAAAUACAUGGAAAGUCUUAAAUUGAGAUUUGAAUAAAGCUGGAGAACCAC